AUGUCAGCGUCACGUGCCGCUGGCGGUCGUUUGGCAGCUCCCGUCCGCACCGCUGUGCCCGCGGCACUGCCGCGCAAACGCCGCUUCGAGCUUACGGACGAGCAGCGGCAAGAGAUCCGCGAGGCCUUCGAGCUCUUCGACUCCGACAAGAACGGCCUCAUCGAUGUGCACGAGAUGAAGGUGAGCAUGCGGGCACUGGGCUUUGACGCCAAGAAGGAGGAGGUGCUGCGCAUGAUGCAAGACUGCGCUGCACGUGACCAGCACAACCAGCCGCUCAUGGAUUUGGCUGGCUUCACGGACUUGAUGACGGAGCGAUUCGCGCAGCGAGACCCGCGACAGGAGAUGAUCAAAGCCUUCCAGUUGUUUGAUGAGAACAACACGGGGAAGAUUUCGCUGCGUUCGUUGCGCCGUGUGGCCAGAGAGCUCGGGGAGAACAUGACCGACGAGGAGCUGCAGGCUAUGAUUGACGAGUUUGACACGGACCAGGACGGAGAGAUCAACCUGGACGAGUUCCUAGCCAUCAUGCUGGAGGAUGAGGACUACUGA